CCCCCCCCUCUCCUCUCUCCCUCUCUCUCUGCGGAAAACCGGACUUUUUCCCUCUGCUUUUUUUGUUCUCUUGUUUGUUUAAGAGAGAGAAAGUGGAGAGAGAUGGAUAGAAAGAAAAUGCAUGGAGCCAGGACUUCUUUCCCUUCUUAAUUUACUUCUUUCUUUUUAAUUUCUCUUUCUUUUUUUUUUUUUAUAUCCCGUCUCCUUGUUGAACGUCGUUUAAGCAUCGAAUCCUGCGACGAAUUUGUUCUUAUUGGCUUGUUUUUUGAAGGUGACGAGAAGGGGAGUUGAGAUUCCUGAGUUCAAGCUUUACAAUCCCGUCCUUUGUUCCACUGAUUGUAUUUCUUAACAUCAACCAGAAAACGUGAAGUAUCAUUCGUAUUCUCUAAAUCAGCUGACAGCUUUUACUUUGGUGCUUGAACAUGGGGAACAGUGAAGAGGGAAAAUCCUCGAAGUCUGAUAAAUCUUCAUCACCAGCACCAGCGGAUCAGACCAAUAUCCAUGUUUAUCCUGAUUGGGCAGCCAUGCAGGCAUAUUACAGCCCCAGAGUCCCAAUUCCACCAUAUUACAAUUCAGCUAUGCCAUCUGGUCAUCCUCCGCACCCCUAUAUGUGGGGCCCACAGCCUAUGAUGCCACCUUAUGGGGCGCCUUAUGCAGCAAUAUAUUCACAUGGAGGAGUUUAUGCACAUCCUGCAGUUUCUCUGGGAUCACACUCGCAAGGCCAUGGGGUUCCAUUAUCACCUGCUACUGCAACCCCUUUGAGCAUAGAGACACCAACAAAAUCAUCAGGAAUCACGGAUCGCAGUCUAAUGAAGAAGUUGAAAGGAUUUGAUGGGUUAGCAAUGUCAAUAGGCAAUGGCAACACAGACAGUGCUGAGGGUGCAGGUGAACAUGGGUUGUCCAAGAGUAUUGAUACCGAAGGCUCCAGUGAUGGAAGUGAUGGGAGUACAUCAGGGGUGGAUCAAACCAAAAGGAAAAGACGUCAUGAGGGAACACCAACUGCUGGGGGGAAAAAUCAGGGACAGUCAGGCUCGGUUCCUGCUGGGGAUCCAGCUUAUAAUAAAGUAUUGGGCACAGCUGGUGGUCCUGCUAACAUCAUAGGAAAUGCUUCUGGAACUGCCGAGACCGAAGAACUCGCACGUAAAGUUGAAUGCCUGACAGCUGAGAAUGUAGGACUAAAAUCCGAAAUAGGUCAAUUAACAGACAAGUCAGAUAAACUAAGGCGAGAAAAUGUAGCCUUAAUGGAGAAACUGAAAAAUGCACAACUAGUGCGGACAGAGGAGAUGGGUCUGAAUAACGUGGAUGACAAGCGUGCCGCGCCUGUUAAUACUGAGAACCUGCUUUCUAGAGUUAACAAUUCAGGUUCACACGAUAGAAGCACUGAGCAAGAGGGCGAGGUGUAUGAGAAAAAAUCAAACUCUGGCGCUAAGUUACAUCAACUCUUGGGUGCUAGUCCCAGGGCUGAUGCUGUUGCUGCCGGCUGACCACAGAGCUCAGUUGACCACAAUGAAUGCUGGGUGUUAGUUUAUCAGGUGAAGAUCAAGUAACUUUGGCAUAAUACAUAGGUUGAAAGGUUUACUGCUAACAAUUUAGCCAGAGGGGUUGUAAGAGCAGAAUGGGUGUUUGUUAUCCAUCUCUCUAAUUUUACUUGUAAUUUAGCUCCCUGAUGGCAGAACUGAUGUGUUUUUUGAUAAAAUCAGAGUGCUAGGGUGACCCCUUGAAAGGUAUUGUACAUUGAAGAGAGAAAUACGGAGCCUGCUUAGGGAACUUAUUGGAAACAUGUAAUUUGUUGUUUUAAGUUUUAUUUGUAAUUGUGAUGUGGGAGUUGGUGUGAUUUACGGAUGAGAAAUGUAGUGAUUUGGGUUUAAUGUUUUUUAAUCAAAUCUAAGAGGGUAGAUUUAAA